GUGGACUGUGGCCUAGCGUUUCAUCUACAGUUUUGGGGGGCGCGGUGAUCUUCGCUCGUCGGCAAUUUUGGGUCGCAUCCGCGAGGAUGGUGUGAUCGGAUUUCUGCUUUUGUUUGUUUCGUGCUUUCAUACAUGACACUGGUUCAAUUACAAUGCUUUGGCUCUGGCUUUCGGUGGUCAGAGAUGUGCAAACAAAUUCAAUCUAGCUUUCUCGAGAUGAAUGUGGCGGAUGUAGCGUCGGUCGCAAGGGUAUCGUGUUUGGUCUAAGUCUGGCAGAAGGCUAUGGACGAGGUUUAAAUAUUCGGCCUAGGCGAUAUGUAGUUACAGCUUUGGACAAUUAUACGCUUCUGGUGUGUAGGAAAAGGGAGGUCCAAGGCAGAACAAAAGUGUUGCAGAGCAGAUGAAGAAUAGAUAUGUCAGAUAGGUGGUGGCUGGUCAUUGAUGGAGGUGCAAGUAAUUGGAGGACAAAACAGAGUUGGGACGAGCUCUGGACAAUAGGCUCGCACGAAAAACUGAAGACAGAUGGUGCAAGUUUUCUGUUCUACUUAUUUUGUUUCCAGCUUUCUUUUUCGUUUUAGUUUAUGUUAUUGUUAUACCGAUUUUGAUUUUAUUAGUUAGGACUCUAGAAUGAUUUUUGUUAUGACUAUGGUGUCAAGUACUCGUCUGCAGUGGAGGAGCUAGGGGGGGCAAGGGGGGGCAAGCGCCCCCGCUCCGACUAAUUUUUUUUACUAGUAUUACUUAUAAUAUGUUUCUUGCCCCGACUUCUUUUUUAAUUUUAAAAACAAUAAGUACAACUUAAGGUUAUUUUAAGAUGAAGUGUUAAAAUAAAUAAAAAAGUAUUUUCAGAAAAAGUAAAAAAAAAUGAAAUAGAGAAUAAAAGGGGAUUAAUGUAUGUAAUACAUUUGGCAUCCCAAUUUGGCAAUAAUCCGGAGUAGCUCAGUGGAGACAGGUAACACGCUCCCUUCGUAUCACCCGUGUUCGAAUCCCCCUAGGACGGAUUAAGUUAAACUUGUUUUGCUUUUCUUCCGCCCCAAUUCUUCCAAUUUUAUUUUCUUCAGCCUACAACUCGUCCCACACUGGAUGAAAUAGAGGAUUCACUCCUCAUUUGAGCCUAUAUAAUCGCUCCUUCAUAGUUGAUAAAGAUUAAGUUGCUAGUAAAGCUUGAGUGCAAGUAUUAGCUACAAUAUAAACAAAUAUUGAAUACCCAUUCGGUUUUUGUGUAAACCGAAUAACCGGACCGAAAAUCCACAUGCGAGAUAUAUUCAUUGUUUUGCUCACCAAUUGCAAUUAGUUGUCGUGGCUGUUUCUCAAAAAAAUAAUUUUAUGAGUGAUUUCUUUGAAUAUUUGUCCAUGAUUACUAACAUGGUUGGAUCCUCUUGUAAAAGAAAAGAUGAAUUUCGCCAAAAACAAGGGGCAAAGCUAGUAGUUUGGUUGAAAAAAUGGAGAGCUAUCAAUUUGUUUUUAUAGCCCACUUGAUGAAGAAGGUAUUGGGAUUGACGAAUAUGUUGUCACAUUUCUUGCAACAAAAAGAUCAGAACAUUCUUGAGGCUGUGAGCUUGAUUAAAAGCACUAAAGAGAAGUUCCAAGAUUUGAGAGAAAGUGGAUGGGAAGAGCUAUUAGAAGAUGUCAGUAAAUUUUGUGUGAAGAAUAAAAUUGACAUUCUAAACAUGGAAGAUACAACUCAUCGUUCUAGACGCGUUCGCCAUCCGGUAACAAAUUAUCAUCACUUUCGAGCUGAUAUUUUUUAUUAGGUAUUUUUUAUUAAAAUUUAAAUUAUUUAUUAGUUGUUAUUAUUAUUAUUAUCAUUAUUAUUAUUACUAUUACUACUACUUUUUAUUAUUACCUUAUUGUAGGUUAUAGACCAGGUCAAUCUGGAAAUGGAGAAUCGCUUUAGUGAGUCAAAUACAGAUUUACUCGUUUGUUUAGCUUGCCUUGAUCCUAAAGAUAAUUUUUCCAAUUUCUGUGAGUCAAAACUACUCAGUCUUGCGGAGUUAUAUUCAUCUGAUUUUUCAGCUGUUGAGCAAAUGGAGCUUAAAGAACAACUCCAAGUUUGGAUAUAUGAGAUGAGAGGAAAUGAAGCAUUUUCCACUUUACAAAGUAUUGGUGAAGUGUCUAAGAAGAUGGUUGAGCUUACAAUUCACAAAUCUUUUCACUUGGUCUAUCGUCUUAUUGAGUUGGCUCUAGUGUUACCAGUUGCAACAGCCACAGUUGAAAGAGCUUUCUCAUCGAUGAAUAUUAUCAAGACAGAUCUUCGCAAUAAGAUGGGAGAUGACUAUCUUACGGAUUGCUUAGUAUGCUACAUCGAAAGAGACAUUUUUCAAGCAAUUGAUAAUGAAGCUAUUAUGCAGCAUUUUCAAAAUAUGAAAACUCGUAGGAUUGAUUUGCCUAGGUUGCAGAAGUAAAUCAAGUAGUAUGUAAUGAACUAUAAUUUUUUGUUAAAUUAUUACGCUAUUGUUGUUCUUAUUAUAUUUUGGACACGAACUUUAAAAUUUUUAGUCUUUGGUUUGCCCCUCCUUGGACAAACCUCUGACUCCGCCACUGCUCGUCUGGUGGGUACUUUGUGGGGCAAUCCUUUUCUUUUGAUCUCAAUAGGUUUCAAGUUGUCCGUUGAGUGGUUAGCGAAUUGUUGUACUUGUAGGACAUACAGUUCUAUGUGUGAUACUAGCGCUUAUAAUCAAAUUGUGAGAGUUUGUCCUUUUCAUGUUCUCCAAGUUUG